AUGAUCUUCGCCGCCCGCCAACUACAGGAGAAGUUCCAGGAGAUGUGGUCCCACCUGUACUCUACCUUUGUGGACCUGACGAAAGCCUUCGACACGGUGAAUGGUGAAGGACUGUGGAAGACCAUGCAGAAGUUCGGCUGUACGGAACGAUUCAUUCAGAUGGUGCGUCGGCUCCAUGACGACAUGAUGGCGCGAGUCACGGACAACGGAGCUGUCUCAGAGGCAUUCGCAGUGACCAAAGGAGUGAAGCAGGGAUGCGUCCUGGCGCCCACCCUCGUCAGUCUUAUGUUCUCUGUCAUGCUGAUGGACACCUACCAUGAUGAACGCACCCGGAUCCGCAUCUCCUACAGGACGGACGGUCACCUCCUGAAUCAACGGCGGAUGCACUUCCAGUCGUACGUAUCCACAACCACCGUUCACGAACUCCUCUUCACUGACGACUGCGCCCUGAACACCACCUCGGAAGAGGAGAUGCAACGGAGCAUGGACCUUUUCUCCGCCGCCUGCGAGAACUUCGGUCUGGUCAUCAAUACGCAGAAGACGGUGGUGAUGCAUCAACCGCCACCCAACUCAGCUACACCCCCCAAAGCGCCGCAAAUCAGCUUGAAUGGGACCCAACUGCAAGUGGUGAAGAACUUCCCGUACCUGGGCAGUACUCUCUGCCGCAGCACCAACAUCGAUGACGAGGUCGCUCACAGCAUUUUGAAAGUUAGCUAA